AUGUCUACAUCGUUCUCCAGAGCCUCCUCCUUUGCCCCUCUUACCUCCCGAGUGAGCAGAGUCAGCACGGCCAGGACAGUGAGGCCAGCAACAACAGCAACGAGUGUCGCAUCCCAAGAUAUCAUCUGUGCCAUCAGUGAGUCUCGCGGGGUGUCAACGUCGGUAGGACUCGCCUUUGUGAAUCUCACCACAGCCGAAGCGGUUCUCUGUCAGAUUUGUGACAGCCAAACCUAUGUCAAGACUAUCACCAAGAUCGGAGUAUUCGAGCCCACAGAGAUCCUUUUUAUGAAUACUUGCAAAGACUCAAAGUUAUUCUAUAUUGUACAAGAGAAUCUACCGGAUCCAACCUUCACGUUCAUCGAUCGCAGAUACUGGUCAGACAAGGCCAGCCAUGAAUAUGUGAAUCGACUCGCUUUUCCAGAGGAUGCUGAGUCCAUCAAGGUCACGCUGGGUGGAAACUACUUUGCAGCUUGCUGUUUUGCUGCGGUCGUCAAGUAUGUCGAGCUUGAACUGAAUAGGACUUUCGCAUCCCGCUCCCUUCGUAUCCGAUUCGAACCGUCUCAAGGCUCAAUGACAAUCGAUCUAUCCACUAUAUGCUCACUCGAACUCAUUCAGAAUCUGCAAAACGCAAAAUCGAAGGAUAGUCUGUUCGGACUUAUGAACGAGACCCUCACACCCAUGGGCGCCAGACUGCUACGAGCCAACAUCCUACAACCUUCUACGGAAAGGUCCAAACUGCUGGCACGGUAUGAUGCCGUGGAGGAUCUGUCUACCAAAGAGGAAAUGUUUUUGUCUGUCCGACAAGCGCUCAAAGGCUUCGUUGAUGCCGACAAAGUUCUGACGUCUCUCAUCCUCGUCCCAACUAAACGGACAUUCCAAUACGUCGAGCAAUCGGUCAACAAUGUCAUCAUGUUGAAGACCUACGUUUCGUCAAUAAAAUCGAUCUACAAGGCCUUGUCUAGUGCUCAGAGCACACUCUUGCUAACAAUAAGAGAGCUGUGUGCUCCUGCUGGCCAUUCCUCCGUUGAGCAGCUCAUUGAAGAGACGCUGAACGAGCAUGUGGCAUACCAAACUAAGCCCUUGGACUUGAGAAACCAACGUAUAUACUGUGUCAGGGCUGGCGUGAAUAGUCUCCUUGAUGUCGCCAGGCAAGCGUACAAAGAAGCCAAUAUAGAUGCCGCCAACCUUGUAACGCAACUAGCAGAGUCGUCCAAUCUUCGGUUGGAUCUGAAGUAUGAUUCCGCUCGCCAAUACUACAUCGCCAUACCGGCCGAUGAAGUCGACUCGCUUCCCGACAUAUUCAUCAACGUAUACCGCAAGAAGAACCGUAUAGAAUGUCAGACACUCGACCUCGUCAAGCUCAAUCAAAAGAUAGUGGAUGCACAUGAUGAAGUGAUCAACAUGAGCGACCGGACUAUUCAAGAGUUGAUCCAAGACGUCUGCUCUGAGAUCUCCGGCCUCUUCAGGGUAAGUGAGGCGAUUGCUAUGCUGGACAUACUAGCUGCUUUUGCCCAUCUCGCUACGUUCUACGACUACAUCCGUCCUGAAUUGACAGACGUCCUCGCUAUCAAAUCCAGUCGACACCCCAUUCGGGAGAAAAUCCAUUCCAACAAAUUCAUACCGAACGAUGCAUACGCAACGCAGCAGUCGCGCUUCCAAAUUAUUACGGGCUGCAACAUGAGUGGGAAGUCAACAUAUAUACGCUCAUUGGCAUUAAUGACUGUUAUGGCACAAACUGGUUGCUAUGUCCCAGCGGAGUACGCCUCAUUCCCUAUCGUCCACCAGCUAUUUGCUCGUGUCUCCACGGCCGACGACCUCGAAGCCAACGUGUCAACCUUUGCCGUCGAGAUGCGCGAAAUGGCCUUCAUCUUGCAUAACAUCAAACCCCGGAGCAUGGUAAUUGUCGACGAACUUGGUCGCGGUACUAGUGCCACCGACGGCCUGGCCAUCGCCAUUGCCAUCGCAGAGGCACUGGUCGAAAGCAAAUCUCUCGUCUGGUUCGUGACGCACUUUCGCGACUUGGCCGUAGUUAUGGCGGAACGCAGUGGUGUGGUCAACCUCCAUCUCGCAGCAGAGAUAUCAUCCGAUGCGUCUAAGAUGACUAUGCUGUAUAAAAUCGCAGAGGGGCCUGUGACUAACCAAUUCUACGGCCUUACCUUGGCUAAGCUGGUUGAUCUACCCCCGGACGUUCUCGACGUUGCGCAAGACGUAUCUGAGAAGUUGAACGAGAUCGCUGCACGUCGACAUGGUAAUUCUGGGGCCUUGACCAUUGCUCGGAAGCGAAACCUGAUUCUGUCUCUGAGGGAGCAGCUCUACCAAGCUCGCAAUGGGACCCUUGAGGGUGAGGCUCUGAGGAAAUGGCUAAAGAAGCUACAUGAUGACUUUCUGCUGCGCAUGGCGAGUAUUGACGAUGAACUUGAUGUUUCCAGUGAUACAGAACAAGAUGAUAUUAUUGAAGAAGAUUACCAAGAUGAUGAUUCUCAGGAGGGCAGCCAGACUGCGACAGAACUUACUGACGAUAGCUCAUCAACUAUUUCCACUGGACAGCCUGAUACUCAUGACACCGCAACAGAGCAAACUGCUCCUUCACUGGCUGGGGAAGGAUCUAUUCUCAUGGCCUCUUCACAGGAAAUACCCGAGACUAGCCCUGCUCCUGAGUCGCUAGAGCUCGUCUAG